AUGUCAGCGCCACGUUCAUUAUCGGUCUCGAGCCAUAAGGAAAUGAGACCGGUAAAAGAGACCGAGCUCUCCGGGGUUGCGAAGAAGUCCCGUCAUGCUCCACAGGUCGUUUUGGGUUUGGGUUCACCCAAUAUUGCAUCCGCCUCGAGUGCUCCGUCCCGACCUCAGCAAGUCUCUCAUGCUCCUACUCCCGCUAGCUCACUGGGUGAGAAUGACUUCACGGCUAUGAAUGAUGAACAGAUGUGGGGCUACCAAUCACAGUGCUUGAGUGCGAUGGUUAGAAUUCGCAAUGCGUAA